CUGGGCCCUGGCCGUUGUGCGUCACGACUAGUCACGCCCUCGGCAGUUCGCAGCUUUGACCAGAAAACCCAGGAAGCCAGUCAGAAUGGGGACGUUCCAUCACUUAGAAACCAGAGGUAUACACAGCGGUUAUACGACUCAGUAUACGACUCGAACCGUCAGUCAGCAAGUUCGAUGCGUCAAACGUCAAACGUCAAAACCCAGCCGGGUCCCAUGGAAAUGCCUGGGUUGUGUCGACUCAAACUCGGGCUAUGACCACAUUCGAAGACUUGCCGAGAUUGCAGACAACCGAGGCCAUCGACACGGGGAGACGGACUCGACACGGGCUGACAUGAAGCUUAGUGAGUUGAUCGUAUACCGCAUUGGUGUGGCCCUUUACCCCAUAUUCUUUGUGCUCUUCCUACGACAAGCGGAAGCCCAGCGGAGAAGUCGCACCCAACUAGGACCCCCAACUGCAGGGCAGAGGUUCGAGGCUCAUGCACGCACCCAGGGCACCCCAACCCUGGUCUUCCUUGUUCUCGGUCAUUCCAGGGCUCGCUCCAGUCGACCACACUCGACCCCCAACACCCGACGCUAGUGCCCUGUGCUCCCUGCGACUCCACUGUCGAGGUCGCGCCCACGGUGCGCACCCUGUCUUCCAGGUUGGCAGGGGGGGUACCUGAAGGGAGGUACCACUGCAACGUCGAGGUACAGAGGUACGGGGGUACGUACACCUCCUUCCACUUCCUCUGCCCGCACUCCCGUCCUCUUACAUCAUUAUCUGGACGGACACCACGGGGCAUAACAUCA